GAUUGCUCAAGCAUAGAAUGCAAUGGGGUUGGAGAGACGUGUAGCAUGGCAACAGGGGCCCCUGAAUGUGUCUGCAAUAUCAUAUGUACCUUUGAUUACAACCCUGUCUGUGGACAAAAAGGAGACACUAAAAAGACCUAUGGUAAUCGUUGUGCAUUAGAUAGUGCUAUAUGUAAGAGCAAAGGUACAAUUAAGUAUAUCAGUGAUGGUGGAUGUCCCUCAGAUGAACCAAAACAAGAGGAUGACAAACCAAAAUGUAAUAGCAUUUGUACAUUGGACUAUACACCAGUAUGUGGAUAUGAUGGUACUAAAUACAAGACAUAUAGUAACCAAUGCGCCUUAGAUGCUGCCAUUUGUGAAUCUGAAGGAACUGUAAGAUUCAUAAGAGAGGGAGAAUGCCCAGAUAAUGAAAAUGGUGAGAAGCCAAAAUGUAAUAGCAUUUGUACAUUGGACUAUACACCCGUGUGUGGGUAUGAUGGUACUAAAUACAAGACAUAUGGAAACCAAUGUGCCCUAGAUGCUGC